AGAAGUUAAUAAAAUGAGUUCUACACUUUCGCAAAGCUCUGUCCAACAUGAAUUGACGAAACAAGCGCUUGGACUGAGUGGCGAUGUGAGGCAGCAGCUAUUGCCACAAGAAGAUUCAAAAUCCUCAGAGCUUACAAAUUUCGCUAGACAAGAAAAUUUACUGGACGAUGAGUUUGAUGAAGCCUUUGAACAGUCAUCGAGCGAUGGACAGGUAACUGAAAAACUAUCACCCAAGACUAUUUCUAAACCAACUCCUGUCGUUAGCAAGGAUAUUAAUGAAAUUAAUCGAAUAUGGCUUGAAAAGCGCCAAAAACUGCAAAAAGACCCUUCACGAGAAACAAUCAACGCAUCAGAAAUCCAACUUGGUAAAAAAGAAGAUUUUGCAAUGCAAAAAGGAGUGAGCGCAGGAGUUUCACCAAUCAGUACAAAUCCACUGAUUUUACCUUUUUCUGACAGGAAUCGUGCUUCAGGUGUUGAUGCUAUUGUAGCUCAAUCGCAUCAGAGUAAAGUUUCAGUUAGCGGCGAAACAGCUUUUGGAAUUCAAAAUUCUGCUGUUGUUACGGUAGAUUCAACUGAGAUUAAUGUUAAGUCGAUGGCUGAAUCAAGAUACAAUAAAGAACUUGAAGAGAUUAAGUCAAUGGCUUUCAAUGGUAUAGAUCAAGUAGAUUCUCCGAGUAGAGAUAUAUCGGCGUCGAAUGAGAAUUUCAAAAACACUAUCAGUGAUAAAGCUCUGUUCACUCUGCCUACAAAUGUAAUCAAAAUCUCCGAUAAAAACCCGAUUGAGUUUCAAGAAGAUGAUGUAUUUGAAGCUGAACUUAUUACUCAACAAAAUUCCGACACUAACUUGGUAUUUUGCUCAUUCGAACAGAUGAUGUCCUUGUUUAAAUCACCUGAGCUUGAUUAUUCUCAAAUUCAAACAACAGUGCCUGUAAGUGGCUGGAAGUCCAUUAAAAAAAUUUUCAGUGGUCCUCCGAAAUUGAACAAAAAUUUAGUGCGCGAUCGGGAUUCUAUUUUUGCUCUUGCGAAACUAGCUUUCAAUCCUUCAGACGAACUUCAUGUACAAAUGCUAAGAACAGUCUAUGGCGUUUUGACCAGUUCAAAUGCUAAAUGCUCCGUUCAAGGCUCGCAUUGGUCCCAAGUGGGCUUCCAGGGCAAUGACCCAAGUACGGAUUUCAGGGCCUGUGGAAUGCUCGGUUUGCUCCAUCUGACAUACUUGGGAGUUGAGCACAGUUCACUGGCGCAAAAAAUCUACGAGAUGUCUCUUCAUUCUACUGCAAAUUUUCCUCUUGCAGUUCUUUCUAUUAAUUUAACAAAAAUAUCGUUGCAAGUUUUACGCGAGGAAAAGUUAAAUAAAAUGUGCAAUGCUAGAAAAGAUGUUAUUGCACCCUUCAAUGAGUUAUUCGUUGCGUUGUGGUCUAAUUUUUUCUGUAUAUGGAGUAAAUUGGACAAAACUAUUGGGGAUUUUGCUUUUGUGCUAAAAGACAUUGAAGCAUCCGCUGGAAGAGACGUGAAAAGUUUCAUAGAAAAACACUCGAGCGUGAAGAUACACGAAUUGGGCGAAAAUGGUGAAAAACGGACUGAAGACAAAGUGUCGGUAGAUAAAUCGGCGACAGCUUCUAAAAACAAAUACGCAAUUACGGGAACGGCUGAUGCAAUAGAUUCCAAAGAGGUUUCAAAGAAAGACGAUAACGGCGAGCUUAAUUUUAUAGGAGUUGAUGAGCUGACUCCAAUCUAAACUCUUUUAAAUCUGAACUAUUUAUCUCUGCUAGCGCGUGCCUUUUGAAAGUAAUUUCAAUGUACAAAUUUAGACUGUAAAAUUUCUGUAAACUAUGUGUAUAUGUAUUUUGUAAAUUUGAAAAUUUUUCAUAUCAA